GUUUCACUUCUGUUCAUGCUAAGGACUAAAAAGCAGAAGCUGUAGCGAGUGGAUUUCUGGAUGACGAUCCACUGCUGUGACUGCUCUCCUCUCUCCAGUCUAGACGUCACAUCACUACCCAAAUCCGGCUAGUUAGCUCCUUCGUAUUUUGUUUGGACCAAAAUGUCGACCACAACCGGCGGAGGGGAGUUCGGCAACCCACUACGGAAGUUUAAACUAGUCUUCCUGGGCGAGCAAAGCGUGGGAAAGACCUCGCUCAUCACCAGGUUUAUGUAUGACAGCUUUGACAACACCUACCAGGCAACAAUUGGCAUUGACUUUUUGUCAAAAACCAUGUACCUAGAAGAUCGCACGGUCCGACUCCAGCUUUGGGACACUGCCGGACAGGAGCGCUUUCGUAGCCUAAUUCCCAGCUACAUCCGUGACUCUACCAUUGCUGUGGUUGUGUAUGACAUCACCAAUCUCAACUCCUUCCAACAAACCUCAAAGUGGAUCGAUGACGUUCGAACGGAGAGAGGAAGUGAUGUCAUUAUCAUGCUCGUUGGGAACAAAACAGACCUCGCAGAUAAAAGACAGAUCACCACAGAGGAGGGCGAGCAGAGAGCUAAGGAACUGAAUGUCAUGUUCAUUGAAACCAGCGCAAAGACUGGCUACAAUGUCAAACAGCUGUUCCGUCGUGUCGCCGCUGCGUUGCCUGGUAUGGACAGUACAGCGGAGAAGAGCAAAGAAGACAUGAUCGACAUCAAACUGGAGAAGCAGCCAGAGAUGACUGUCACCGAGAGCAGCUGCUCGUGCUAGUACACGACACCUCAGCACGCCCUCACCCCAUCGAGCCUGUCUCAGCCACCGCCCUAAGCCCCACCCACCCGCCACCAACAGCUUGUCUCUCAGUGGCAACUCGGGGAACAAACACCUCAGAGUUACCGCGUGGAUGUGCAUUACUGUAUCCCAACAAGAGAGUUCACGUUGACAUCAAAGGGAUGAGUCUGCGGAUUCGCAUUUUCAGUUAGAUCCAGUUGCAUGGCAUUACGAUAUAUAGAAGCGCAGACUGACUCGGCUAACCGCUCAUUGGGUUAUCGCACAAUCUCGGAGUCUUCGUGCUGUGACUCGUUUUGUCAUUGUUGUCAUGUGUAAAAAAAACAAAACAAACAACAACAAAAAACCGCUUUUUCUGGAUUAUUUAAAUGACUUCGCAAGGUUUGUUUCUCAACAUUUGGUUUUAUCUUUUUUAUCUUCAAUAGAGAAUUUGAAGUUCCGAGAUGGCUGCUUAUCGCUCCGAUUCGAUGUUGCAAUUUAAGGAAGUAGAACAGGAUCUUACUAAUUGUCACACAUACUUCACACAGUUUUUGGCUUUGUCGCAUAAUAACACACACAUAACACAGCAGGAGGUGUCAAUAGGUUUGUAAUUAGACUGCACCAGAGAAAGCCAUCUGAGCAUUAUUCCAUAUCCUUGAUAAGAGGCUUUGAAGGUUAAUGUGCCAGUGCACUCGUCAAACUAGUAAGACAAUUCGGCGCCCUCGUACGACGACUGUCUCACUGAUUUGUUUUUCCCCACUACUAGGGCCACUUUUGGCCUACUAGUAUGUGAUUAAAACUUAGUAAGGAAGCACUGUGCUGCACUAAGCCCAACUAUUAGCCAUGUGCCACGCACUAGAACCUUUCUGAUCAAGGACAUCAAUGAAAUGCUCAAGUCGCUUUCCAUAAAGCCAUUUAUGUGUUGUACCAGUAAAAAAAAAUUCCACUAUUAGCGCCACUUUUGGCCUACUAGUACGCAAUUAGACCUUACUAAUUAGUAUGCAGUUAGACCUCACUAAUAAACUACUCUGCUGCACUGUGAAGCACCAGUUAACUAGAAUUUUGUCUCUAGUCGUACUAGUAGUCAACUCGUGAAAGGUUUUCCCUCAGUAGUAAUGUGUAUUCUCCUAGUAUUACAAAGUUGUCUUACUAGUGAGGACAAAGAGUGCACUAGUACAUAUCGAAUAGAUACGUGAACAAACUGCUUUCCAUAGUCUUUUCAGCAUUUACUCAAUAUCCAACAUAAGAAGGUUACUAGUAUGUGACAUGCCUACUAGUUGGGCCUAGUAGUGCAGCAUAGUAGUAUAAUAGUAUGGUAUAAUUGUGUACUACAUUGCCAAAAGUGGCACUAGUUGGGGAAAAACGUUACUAGUAAGACAGUCAUUCUACAAGUGCGCUGGAUUGUCUGACUAGUGAGGACAAAGAACAUACUAGUAAAUAGACCUUAAGAUGGAUAUCAAGGAAAUGAAAUAAAUGCUCAAACAGAGAAUUAGCUGAUUGGUGGUCUUACGAUCUGCAAAAUGUAUUGAUAAAUUUGGGAAUUGUUUUUAGUCCAAGCCCCGAGGAAGAAAAGCAGUCCCAAACCAUGAUGCCCUCCCCACCAUACUCCACUGUGAACGUGUGUAUCACGUGAGACCCAAUUCCAAGCGAUUUCACCGAAAGCCAUUCCACGUAACCCGAAGCUGUCCUCGUAACACCCUUACGCAUCUAAAUGGUAAUCACACCAUACUUAACAAGGAAGUGAGGACGCAGUGACUUACUAGAUUACAUUUACAACAUUUACCGUGUUGUUUUGAUCACUCUGUAUUGCAGAGCAUGCUCGCCAUGCAGGAUUUCUAUGGACGACGACACCGAUGCCUUGCUUGUUUUGUUCACCAACGUUGUGCACUGAAUCAAGCCACAAAUAUUGUAAAAUAUAUGACAAGGGAAUCCGGCUGACUGAUUGGUGACUUCGUUUUCUAGAGCUGGUAGACGAGAGCGUGUGUCCCCUCCCAAAAAGAAUGCUUACUAACACCCUCGCUGUAAAAAGGCCACAUUAGUCGUUAAUCCUUCGCUGUAUUGCUAUUAUUGCUUGUGUAGGACUUGUUAAUAUGUGAUUAUUUAUUCAGGAACUCGGACAUACACAUACAAAUUUGCUUGACCAAAAGUGCAAACGCUGAGGCGCAUGUCGAAAAGCUAUUUUAUUUAUUUGCGUGUCUGGCGAGGACUCAGUCACUCUUUCUCUCUAAGGCAUUAUCAUACUGUUAGAAACACUGUUUACAGUCAAGGCUGCAAAGGUUACACACACACACAUACAUACACAGUGGACCACAAACCAAUUAUUUAGCCAUAGCUUAACACACUGGUCCUUGUUGGCUGUCGUUGGUUUAAAAGUACGUAUUGACAUUUUUUUUUUAAAUAUAUAUUUAGAGCUCUUCUAUGACUUGCCACUUAAUACUCGGCUUUGUGCUCGGAAUUGUGUCUGUCCACUUGAACUAUGCUGUCUACUCGUGUUUAGCAAUGUUGUGUGAAUACUAUUACUAUCUGAUGUGUAAAAAGGAGAGUUAAUGGCACACAAGUGUUGGCCUAUCACAUGGAAUACAAUAAAGAUUAUUUCACCAAA